AUGUCUUCCAGACUAAUGAAUGCAUCUGGCAGAGAAACCACCAGCUCCGUCAGCCACUUUAUCCUCAUGGGCUUUCCCUCGAGCCCAGAAAUGCAGCUCCUCUGCUUCGGGCUCUUCUCCGUAGCCUAUACCCUGUCCAUAAUGGGGAAUGCAAUCAUUGUCUGUGCUGUGUGGUGGGACUGGCACCUUCACACUCCCAUGUACAUCUUCUUGGGGAAUUUCUCUCUCCUCGAAAUAUGUUAUGUCACCACGACCAUCCCUAACACAUUGGUCAACUUCCUGUCCACCAGCAAGUCCAUCUCCUUUGUGAGUUGUUUUACACAGUUCUACUUCUUCUUCUCUUUUGGAUGUGAUGAGUGCUUCUUCCUUUGCAUCAUGGCCUUUGACAGGUACCUUGCCAUCUGCCAUCCUCUGCAUUACCCACGCACCAUGACUAAACAACUGUACACUGGUCUUGUCAUCUUUGGGUGGUCAUGUGGGUUCAUCCUCUUCCUAACCCCGGUUGUUCUCAUUUCACAGUUGCCCUAUUGUGGCCCAAAUAUCAUCAACCAUUUUGUGUGUGACCCUGUCCCAUUGAUGAUGCUGUCCUGUUCUGAAGACACCAUCACUCAGAUCACUUACUCUACUUUCAAUGAUGUUUUCAUGAUUGGCACCUUUCUUUUUAUCCUUUGCUCCUAUGCUCUGGUGAUCCUGGCUGUACUACGGAUGCCCUCAGAGGCUAGCAAACAGAAAGCUUUCUCCACUUGUGCUUCUCAUCUGUCUGUGGUGAUCCUGUUUUUUGGCUCUGUUAUGGUGAUGUAUGUUAGUCCUGGAUCAGGACACCCAGUGAAAAUGCAAAAAUUCAUUACCUUGUUUUAUUCUGUGAUAACACCUCUAUGCAAUCCUAUAAUAUACAGCCUCAGGAACAAGGAGAUGAAGGCUGCUCUGAGGAAAAUGUUUGGGACUGAACAAGGUGUUCAUAAACAUAAAUGA